AUGAAACUCCUCCCCACCCUCCUCACAGCAGCAGCCCUCGCCCUCAGCACCACUGCCCUUUCCCCCUCCUCCCCACCCCCCACCACCAACAAACGCAACCCCAUAACCUACAACCCCCCAACCUGGGACAACGCCUCCCUGCUCCUCCUCGGCGAGCGCUUCCUGCUCUUCGGCGGCGAGGUGCACCCCUUCCGGCUGCCCGUCCCGUCGCUCUGGCACGACGUGCUCGAGAAGACCAAGGCGCUGGGCCUCAACACCGUGUCCUUCUCCGUGCCGUGGGCGCUGCUGGAGGGGAAGCCCGGUGAGUUUAGGGCCGAGGGGGUGUUUGAUGUCGGGAAGUUUAUGGAGGUGGCCAGGGAGGUGGGGGUGUGGCUUGUGGCGAGGCCGGGGCCGUAUAUUAAUGGGGAGGUUACUGGGGGUGGGUUGCCUGGGUGGAUUCAGAGGUUGAAGGGCCAUCCGAGGACCGCGGAUGUGGAUUAUUUGGCGGCGACGGAUAAUUAUGCCGCGAAGAUUGGGGCCAUCAUCGCCAAGGCUCAGAUCAACAAUGGAGGGAAGGUGAUCUUGUAUCAGCCCGAGAGCGAAUACAGCGUCUCGAGAACACUGAUCGGUUUCAACUUCCCGGACCCCGGAUACAUGCAGUACGUGGAGGACCAAGCCCGAAGAGCAGGGGUUGUGGUCCCCUUUAUCAACAACGACGCAUGGAACGCGGGUCAUAACGCGCCCGGAACCGGCGUGGGUGAGGUUGACAUAUACGGCCAAGAUCUGUACCCUCUCGACAUCAACUGCGACGAUAUGGCAUGGGAUAAGGGCUCGCUGCGAGAUAGUCUGUACUCUUCUCACCUCAAUACCAGCCCGUCGACGCCCUACGCAAUGCCAGAGUUCCAAGGAGGCGUGGUUGAUUAUUGGGGCGGCUCGGGGUUCGCUCGCUGCGCAGAGAGGUUCAACCACGAACAGUCCCGCGUCUUUUACAAGAACAACUUUGCGGCCGGCGUCAAGAUCUUCAAUCUUUACAUGAUAUACGGGGGCACCAACUGGGGAAACCUGGGCUACGACCGCGGAUACACUUCCUACGACUAUGCUGCCGCCAUCGCCGAAGACCGCACCAUCGCCCGCGAAAAGUACUCGGAACUCAAACUCCAAGCCCAAUUCUUCAAGGUGUCCCCGGGCUACCUCGAGGCCACCCCCGAUCUCAAGCCCACGCCGGGCUUUUACAGCCCCAACCAAGAAAUCACAGUGACGGCCGUCGUCGGACCCGAGGGAUCAUUCUACGUCACCCGCAAAACUGCCUACAAAGACCCGGGCCCUGUCAGCUACACCCUCAAACUGCCCACAUCCAAGGGCGUAAUCACAAUCCCGCACCUGGGCGGCACGCUUACGAUGCCCGGGCGCGACACGCGGAUCCACGUAACCGACUACCCAGUCGGGGAUACAACACUGGUGUACUGCACCGGCGAGGUCUUCACAUGGCAGGAAUACGAAGGCCAGACCAUCCUGGUAGUGUACGGUGGGAUGGGCGAGACACACGAGCUGUUGAUGAAGCGGACUGCCUUGGGUAUGUUCACGAAGACGAGCCCCGGCGUGAAAACCAAGCAGGAUGGCCAGCACCUGUAUGCGCAGUGGAAGACGACAGAGGACGAGGAGCAGUUCAUCCGCGCUGGGAAUCUCUACAUCUACCUCAUUGCCCGUGAAGCGGCCUAUAACUUCUGGGUGACCGACCUCCCGGGCCACAGCCCACUGAUCAUCCGCGGCGGGUACCUCGUCCGGUCCGCCAAACUCGACAGCGACGGCACGCUCGCCAUCCGCGCGGACUUCAACCGCAGCACCGCCAUCGACCUCCCCCGGGGCGUCAACACGGCCCUGCUCGAAAUCAUGGGCGUCCCCCGCUCCGCCAAAUCCGUCACCAUCAACAGCCACCCCACCACCCACACCCUCAACACCGCCCCCAACGGCAACAACCACUGGCUCGUCCGCACCGAUUUCCAACCCCCAUCCAUCACCCUCCCGGAUCUCCCAACCCUCCCCUGGCGCUACCUCAACACCCUCCCCGAACUCUCCCCCUCCUACACCGACGACCACCUCUGGCCCCUCGCCAACCACACCACCACCAACAACACCUACCUCCAAACCCCCUCCACGCCCACCUCCCUCUUCGCAGCCGACUACACCUUCCACGCCGGCGGCGCCCUCCUCUUCCGCGGCCACUUCACCGCCACCGGCCACGAGACCACCCUCACCCUCCAGACCCAAGGCGGGGUAGGCUUCGCAUCCCUCGUUUGGCUGAACGAUACCUUCCAGACGGACGCCGCGUGGGCGGGGAACAGCACGGCGGCGUUCAAGCGCGCGACGUGGCCGGUGCGGCUGGUGGCGGGGGGCGCGAUAUGUAAUGGGUUGGUGGGUGGGGAUGAGAUGAAGGCGCCGAGGGGGAUUAUGGAUUAUAGGUUUGGGAUGGGGGGUGGGGGUGGUGGUGGUGGGGGGGAGGCGCCGGAGGUGGAGUGGCGGGUGACGGGGAAUUUGGGCGGGGAGGACUAUAGGGAUGAGGUGAGAGGGCCGUUGAAUGAGGGCGGGUUGUUUGCGGAGCGGAUGGGGUAUCACCAGCCUGGGGUGCCGGAGGGGGAGGGGGGGUUUGUGAAGGGGAGGAGUCCGUUGGAUGGGAUUGAGGAGCCGGGGGUGGGGUUUUGGACGGCGGAGAUGGUGUUGGAUAUUCCGGGGGAGAGGUGGGAUGUGCCGUUGAGUUUUGAGUUCCCUGGGAUUGAUGCCGGCGGGGGAUCGGGGCGGUAUCGGGCGGUGUUGUGGGUGAAUGGGUUCCAAUUCGGGCGCUACAUCAGCCAUAUUGGCCCGCAGACGUCCUUCCCCGUGCCCGAGGGCAUCCUCAACUACCACGGGACUAACACGAUUGCGAUCGCCAUUUGGGCAACUCAACCCGGCGGCGCCCGCCUCUCGUCGCUCAGCUUGAAGGCCGGGACGCCCGUGCUCACGGGCCGACAACCGGUUGUCAACGUCGCGGCACCGGCGUGGACGGCAAGACCCGGGGCGUACUAA